GAUAAUGGGAGGUUUGGGCAAGGAGGAGGGGGGAGCCGUCCCACUGGAAAUGUCUUCUGUGUGACGGGACUGGUCAGUCAGAACGUCCCAGGGUCUGCUCUCAGUUCUCAUUUCUCUCCUGGUGUCUGACGUUAAAGACUUUAAAGAUGAGGGUGUGGAUCGUCUUCCUUCUGUGUCUGGCAGGACAUGCCAUGGCCGCUCCUACUGAAGAGGAGCCAAUGACUGAGGAGCCUGUGUAUGAGGUCGAGGAGGAGGUAGUUGUUGAGGACCCAGUCAUGGAGGAGACUGAGGUGGGAGCCAACCCUGUGCAGGUGGAUGUCGGGGAUUUUGAUGAAGCCAUCGACAUUGUCGAGGAGGACGUCGAAGACAAUCCCUGCCUGAACUACCACUGCAAGAAGGGCAAGGUGUGUGAACUGGACGAAGGCAACACCCCCAUGUGUGUGUGCCAGGACCCCUCCACCUGCCCCCCUGCCGAGGGAGAGUUUGAACACAACUGCGGCACUGACAAUAAGACCUACGAGACCUCCUGCCACUUCUUUGCCACCAAGUGUGCACUGGAGGGAACCAAGAAGGGCCACAAGCUGCACCUGGACUACAUCGGACCCUGCAAAUACAUCGAGCCCUGCAUGGACAAUGAGCUGAAGGAGUUCCCCAUGCGUAUGAGGGACUGGCUGAAGAACGUUCUGGUGACUCUGUACGAGCGCGACCAAGACAACGAUCUGCUGAACGAGAAGCAGAAGCUGAGGGUGAAGAAAAUCUAUGAGAACGAGAAGAGGCUGCAGGCUGGUGACCACUCUCUGGACCUGCUGGCUCUGGACUUCCAGAAGAACUACAACAUGUACAUCUUCCCCGUCCACUGGCAGUUUGGUCAGCUGGACCAGCACCCUGCUGACGGAUACCUGACCCACACAGAGCUGUCUCCCCUCCGUGCUCCUCUCAUCCCAAUGGAGCACUGCACCACCCGCUUCUUUGAGGAGUGUGACACUGAUGCUGACAAAUAUGUGGCUCUGGAGGAGUGGGCCGCAUGCUUUGGCCUCAAAGAGCAGGAUGUGGACAAAGACCUCAUCAUCUAAGCUUCCAAAAGCAGCAGCAGCAGCAGCAGCAGCAGCAGCAGCAGCAGCAGGAGCAGCAAUAGCAACAGCGUGACAACUCCUAGUGGCUACUAACAGGAGGAGGUGCCGGACCCUAAGUUAAAAAGAAAAUAACAGUAACGGUGCUAAUCACAAUUUAUUUUAUUUUGUUUUUUAUUUUGAAAUAAGAUAUUGACUUUUUCUACCUAUACCACUAAAAAAGAGAGAGAAAAGAUUAGAAAAGAGAAAAGUGCACAGUCUGUACUAACCGUGGUGUCAUCGUGUAAAUCAAACUGAAGACCUCUGAUGUAAAUGUAUGUUGAUGAUGAUCUUCUAUAAAUUUGUUUGGGGAUUUAAACAUUUGAAUAAAAAAAAAUAUUUUCGAGGAGACAAAACUGUAAAGUCCAAAAUAAAGUUUCUAAAUAAAUGCUCACUUUGCUUGCUUUCUACUAAACAA